GUAAUAAUUAUAAAUAAUUAUAAAAAAUUAAAUAAACUAACUCAAUUAUAAAUUUAUUGCCAUAAACAGAUGCAGUCACCUGGAGUUUCAGGUAAAGAUUUUGCUCCGAAUUGCGCAAAGAGAGAGCAAGAGAGAAACAAAAAGAGAGAGAGAGAGAAGUCAUUCUAUUUUUUGCUAUUUUUUUUUACCAAUCAUUUUUAAUCGAAUGUCAAUUACUUAUUGUACUAAUUAUAAAUUACUUUAUUAUUAUUUUUCAUGUUAACUCUGGCUUUAUCAUAAAUAUCAUUUUUAAAACUCAAAUAUUAUAAACAAAAAACAUAAUUUACAUUCAUUUCUGCAAGUCGUUGGAGCAAAAAAAGACUAAUGAUUGCUUCAGUCAUUAAAAAAAUUGUUAAUAUGUAUUUUAAAAUUAACAUUGAAUAAUGUUUAUUAAAUAAUUGUUUAAUAAAUUUAAUACAAAAAUGGAUUGUGAUGAUGUUGAUUUGUAUGGAGAUUUGGGAACUUUUGAAAAAGAAACCAAUCAACAAGAUUAUCAAGCUGAGAAUGAAUUAUUAAAAACAAAAUGUGAAGAAUUAAAGAAACAAUUGUCAGAGACAGAAACAAGACUUAAAAAAUUGGAGGAAGCUCAUGUUGUAUUGUCAACAAAUUUAUCAUCAUUGUUGAAAACAGCAAGACUUGAAGUAUCAAGAAAAGAUCGAAUGAUAUCUGAGCUUCGUCAAACAAUUGACAAUGCAGCAUUUCGUCGACCAAAUUAUAAAAUACCUAAAAGAAAUGAACAAACUCAUGAUACUAAUUCAAGAACAACAUCUAGCUUUCAUCGAAAUAAUGAUCGUGAUGAUAAAUUUACAUCAAAACAUGCUAAUGAUUCAACUCGACAUAAUGAUAGCAAAAAAGAUAACAAUAAAUAUGAAAACAUACCUGAAGUUGUUGAUCAUCAAAUAAAACAUGAAUCAGAUUAUAUUGAUGAAGAAAUAAAAAUAGAACCUGAAAAUAGAGAUUUUAAAUAUGAAAAAUAUGAAGAAGAUAUAGAUGAAGAAGAAAUUUAUCAACCAGAUAAAGUAUGUACAACUGUUUUUGGUGAAAGAUUACAAAAAAAACUUCAACAACAAAUGUUAGAUGAAGCAGCAGCUGAUAAAGCAAGAAAAGAAAAAGAAAUUGAUAUAAAACCAGAAAUUGAAAAUAAAAAAAAUUCGCUAACAACAGAUUUAAAAGUAAAUAAUAAAGAAAAUUAUUAUCGUCUUAUUCCAUUGGAUUUAAAAUACGAAGAUAAAACAAGACCAGAUGAAUUAUUGGAUAAAAUAAAAUCUUAUGAUGUUAAAAGUCAAAAUAACAACAAAAGAAAUCGUGAAAAUUCACCAAAUGAAUAUGACAAAAGAAGAAAAAUAAAUGAUGCUGAUUAUAACCAAAGAGAAACAGUUGAUCGUCGUCGUUCUCGUGAUGGAUCAUCAUCAAGUUAUGACGAUAGAAGAACCAUCAAAGAUGAAACUGAAUAUUUUUGUCCUGCAAAAUCAAAUGACAUUGAUUUACGUCCAAGAAAAUCAGCCAGAAAUGAAAGAGAACAAAGACACCAAACGAAUGAAAAUAGUACAAGUAGCUCUAGAGGUAGCAGAAAAAAUACACGAUCAAAUGAUAGAUUUGAUAGAAAUUCUAGCCAAACCAGGUCUCGUAAACAUCUAAAAGAACCAAUAUGUAGUAAAAGAAUAGAUCAAAGAUCAAGAAGUAGAUCAGUAAAUAGAAAACAAAAUACAAUCAAUAGCAAAAAUAAUUGGCGUAGAAAUAUUAAAAAUAGUCCUAGACGUAACAAACGUUUUGAAAAAACUAAUGAUAGGUAUAGAGAUAAAAAUUAUGAACGUGAAAAUCCAAGAUCAAGAUCAAGAGACGAUAGAAAAUUUAAUGAACGUGAAAGAGAUGAUGGAAAAUUUAAUGAACGUGAAAGAGAUGAAAAAAAAAAAAACUAUGAUAAUGAAAAAUAUAAUGAAAGAGAAAAUAUAAAAUCAUGUGAUAAAGAAAAAGAAAAAUUUGAUGAAAAAAAAAAACAACAAUCACCAAUUUUAGAUACAAAUAAAUCAACUGAUCUUCGUGAUCUUUUAAAAAAACGUAAUCAAUCUAAUACAAAUGAUAAUAUUCCAACAAGUCCAAGUUCACCAGUAUUAAAAAAUAAUCCACAAAUUGAAAAAGAAAAAACUCCAGAAAAAAUUGUAAAAGAAAUUAAAGAUUCUCGUGUUAUUGAAACAUCAAUGAAAACUAUCAAUGAAAAAAUAAAAAAUACAAAUAAUAAUAGCAAAGAAAAAGAUAAUAAAAAAAUUAAUAAUAUUAAAGAUAUUUUAAAUACACUUGAAGAAGGUGAAAUAAUUGAAAGUCCAUUAUCUAGUCCAGUUAAAAAACAAACGAAUAAUAAUGAUGCUGAUAAUGGAUCAUUGAAUGAUUCAUUGAAAGAGGAAAAAAUUGAAAAUAUUGAAAAAUUUAUAUUAAAUUCAAUGAGUGUUGAUAGGAAAUUAAUGGACAUUUCUCCAAUUAAAAAUAAUAAUGAAAAAAAUCAAGAUAAAAAUUCAAUUAAUGAUGUUUUAUCAGAUGAUAAUAAAUCUACAGAAAAAACAUGUGUAACAAGUGUAAAAAAAUCAGAUGAUAAACUCACAAAAUCAAGUGAUAAUGUUGAAAAAUUAAUUGACAAAACAGAUCAAGAUGACAACAAUGCAGUUAAGUUAAAAGAUUCGACAAUUAAAUUAAUAUCAAAAACACCAUUGACAUCCAAAGAUGAAAAUGAUUUAUCAGCUGAAAAUGAAAAGUUACUUAAUUUACUUGACGAUGCACCAGAUCAAGUGAUAAUAAAACCAAGCACAACAAAUGAUUCUAGUAAUAAUAUUGUUGAUGAAGCUCAAUUGAUUGAUAAAGCUAAAACAAGUGACAAUGUUAAGGAGACAUCAAAUUUGGAUAAAGAAAAAAUAACUGAAGAAAAUUUAAAACAAGAUGAAAAUAAUAAAAAUACAUCGAAUUCCGAUGUAUCAGAAGAAUUACUUGUAAUAUCUCCAAUAUCUUCAUCACCAGAAAAGCCAAUUGAUCAAGAAUGUCAUGAAAAAAUAAAUCCGAUUGUCAGUGAAAAAAUUGUAAUAAUAAAUAAAAUUGAAAAAAUUACAACAACUAGUAUUGAAUCUAAAAUUGAAAUAAAACCAAUUGAUAAUAAUAAAAAAAAUAUAGCAAAACCGCCAAUUAAAAAUUCAACAGAAACAACACAAAAAAAAGAUUUAAAAGAAAAUGAUAAAGAUAAAAAAAAAGUUAUUACUGUACUUAGACGUCGACGUGGUCCAGUAAAAUUAUCAGAUUCAUCAAAAUGUAUGACUCUCGUACGAAGUGAUCCAAAAAAAAUAUAAACUAGCUAAACUAAGCUGAGCUUUACACAGUGUUUAUAAUAUGUUUAAUAAUCAUUAUGUAAAUAUAUUAAUAUCUUUUUUGUUAAAAAUUAAAAAAGAAGACAAGUUUAAUCAUUAUUUAUGUAAAAUAAUUAACAAAAAAAAAAAAAAAAUAA